CCCCGGGUGACAGCCUCAGAGUGUUUCCUCUGCUGACAAAGACCAGAGAUCAGGAAUGAAACUAGACAUGGCCGGGGGCUGCAUGCCAGUGCUGGUGCUGAUGGCCGCAGUGCUGACCGUGACUGGAGCGGUUCCUGUCGCCAGGCUCCGCGGGGCUCUCCCGGAUGCAAGGGGCUGCCACAUAGCCCAGUUCAAGUCCCUGUCUCCACAGGAGCUGCAGGCCUUUAAGAGGGCCAAAGAUGCCUUAGAAGAGUCUCUUCUGCUGAAGGACUGCAGGUGCCGCUCCCGCCUCUUCCCCAGGACCUGGGACCUGAGGCAGCUGCAGGUGAGGGAGCGCCCCGUGGCUUUGGAGGCUGAGCUGGCCCUGACGCUGAAGGUUCUGGAGGCCGCCGCUGAUGCUGACUCGGCCCUGGUGGAUGUCUUGGACCAGCCCCUUCACACCCUGCACCACAUCCUCUCCCAGCUCCGGGCCUGUAUCCAGCCUCAGCCGACGGCAGGGCCCAGGCCCCGGGGCCGCCUCCACCACUGGCUGCACCGGCUCCAGGAGGCCCCAGAAAAGGAGUCCCCUGGCUGCCUCGAGGCCUCUGUCACCUUCAACCUCUUCCGCCUCCUCACGCGGGACCUGAAAUGUGUGGCCAGCGGGGACCUGUGUGUUUGACUCUCCCACCAGUCAUGCAAGCUGA